CACCAACUAUCCCAAAUCGCUACUAAAAAACAAGCGCCAUGGCCCAUAAGUCUAAUGAAGCCAGUGCAGACCAACUAGAUCAGGAUUACUAUGACCUCGGCUCAUACGAACGGCCGGUAAGCUCGAACAGCGAGGAGGCUCGCGAAUGGGCUAACCGCGGGCUGAUAUGGAGCUACGCAUUCAAUCACGAGGAGUCCGCGAAGUGCUUCGAGCGCGCCAUCGCCAGCGACGCGGACUGCGUAUUCGCGUAUUGGGGCCUGGCCUACGUCCUCGGCCCGAACUACAACAAGCCCUGGGAAUUCUUCGACGAGACUGAGCUGGACAACGUGAUGCGGCGCACCCGCGACGCCAUCGCGAAAGCCAAAGCGUCCGCGGACAAAGCGUCGCCCGUCGAGAGGGCGCUUGUAGAUGCCUUGAAGUACAGGUACCCUCCGGAGGAAAAAGCCGCGGAUCGGAAAUGGUCGAUCUGGAACGCGAGCUACGCCGACGCCAUGGGCGGAGCGUAUAAGCUGUUCCCGGACGACCUCGACGUCGCGACAUUGUACGUCGACGCUCUCAUGAACCUUACCCCCUGGCAGCUCUGGGACCUCGACACGGGGGCCCCGGCGCCAGGCGCCCGCACGCUGGAAGCGAAAGCCAUCCUCGAGCGCGCGAUGGCCCAAGACGGCAGCGGAGCUGGGUCCCGCCACCCGGGCCUGCUGCACCUGUACAUCCACCUAAUGGAGAUGUCGCCUACGCCCGAAGCCGCGCUGCCGGCAGCUAACACCCUGCGAGCCCUCGUCCCGGACGCCGGACACCUGAACCACAUGCCAACACACAUCGACGUGCUGGUCGGCGACUACCAAGCGGCCAUCGCGUCGAACCAAGCAGCCAUCAUCGCAGAUAACAAGUUCUUCGCGCGCGAGUCCUCCGGCCGUAGCAGUGGUGGUGGUGAAGGGCAGCAGCCGGUAGCAUGCUUCUACACGCUAUACCGCAUGCACGACCUGCACUUCCGGCUCUACGCGGCCAUGUUCGCGGGGUCGUCGCGCGCGGCGUUGGACACGGCUUCCGCGGUCGAGAAAGCGCUGCCGGAAAGCUUGCUCCGCGUCGAGAGCCCGCCGAUGGCGGACUGGUUGGAAGGGUUCGCGGGUAUGCGGGCGCACGCGCUGGUGCGGUUCGGGAUGUGGGAUGAGGUUUUGGAGAUGGCGGAGAAGGACGAUGGGGUGCUGUAUUGCGCGACGAAUGCGCUGAUUUGCUAUGCGAAGGGCAUGGCGUACGCGGCGAAGGGGGAUGUGGAGAGGGCUAGGGAGAAGAGGGUGGAGUUUGCGGAGAGGGUGAAGAGGGUCCCGGAGUCGAGGACUGUGUUUAAUAACAAGUGCGUGGAUAUCCUGGGCGUGGCGGAGGCGAUGCUGGAUGGUGAGCUGAAGUACCGCGAGGGGCGCUACGAGGAUGCGUUUGAGCACUUAAGGACCGCGGUUCAGCGGAGCGCUGCGCUGCCGUAUGAUGAGCCUUGGGGUUGGAUGCAGCCUCCUGCCCAUGCGUUAGGCGCACUGCUUGUUGAGCAGGGGCAUUUCGACAAGGCGGUUGAAGUAUAUGCGGAUGAUCUGGGAAUCAGUGAAAAGUUACCGCGCGCGCUGCAGCAUCGGAAUAAUGUGUGGGCGCUACAUGGGUACCACGAGUGCCUGGUGAAGCUGGGGCGGCUCGAUGAAGCGAAGAGGAUAAAGCCGCAACUGGAUAAGGCGAUCGAGGGUGCGGAUAUACCGAUUAAGGCCUCUUGUUAUUGUCGACUAAGUGUGUUUUAGGGGGUUGUAUAAACGUAGGUAUACAUAGUACCUUACACGUGCACAUAGUGUAUAUAUGAUGCUAGGAAGAAUGAGCAUAGGCAUAGCGUGAGCGCAACGAUAUCUUAGGUGGAUAGUUUAGCAUUCGAU